UCACCGACCGAUCGGAGACCUCCACUGUACGUGUGAAGCGCAGUGAGUGACCGACUGUUGAGGCGCUCUCUCUCUCUCUCUCUCUCGGAGGUUUGGCGGCUUCAGAGGUGAAGUGGCGGCUGAUGGAGAUACGGUAUAUUUGUGUAAAGAUGCAUCGGAAGGAUGGCUAUGGUGGGAACUGGAAAUAUCCACACUGAUACAGCGGCAUGAUGUUUGUAUUGGUCACGAAUUAUCAAGUUUGCAUCAGCACCCGUAGAAUCCACAGUUUGCCAUUUCUGCUACUUUGGAACUAGUACUUUCCAGCAGCUCAGCAAAGCGUAAAAUGGAUUCCAAGUCGAGUUAUCCGAAUGUUAGCAUUCCCAGCUUUGAUGAGCAUCGUGAGAAAAAGAAACGUUACACUGUCUACAAAGUGCUGGUAACAGUGGGUAGGAGCGAAUGGUUUGUCUUGAGACGUUAUGCUGAAUUUGAUAAAUUGUACAACACACUAAAGAAGCAGUAUCCUCAAUUUCCGCUGAAACUUCCUGCAAAAAGAAUAUUUGGAGACAACUUUGAUCCAGCCUUCAUUAAGCAAAGAAGAGCAGGGUUGAAUGAGUUCAUUCAGAAACUGGUUUCCAAUCCAGAGUUAAGUGAACAACCCGAUGUCCGAGCAUUCCUUCAAAUGGACAACCCAAAAAAUCAGUCAGAUCCUUCCGAGGAUGAAGAUGAAAAGACUGGCCAAAUGCAACAUUCUACCUCUGAAAGCAUUUACCUUGGUGCCUCAGGAAAUCCACAGGCAAAGCCAACGGACUUUGCUUUCUUGAAAGUAAUUGGCAAAGGAAGCUUUGGCAAGGUUCUGCUUGCUAAACACAAAAUGGACGGGAAAUUUUAUGCGGUCAAAGUCUUACAUAAGAAAGUAAUCCUAAAGAGAAAAGAGCAAAGGCACAUCAUGGCUGAACGUAAUGUGUUGCUGAAAAAUGUGAAACAUCCCUUCCUUGUUGGGCUUCAUUACUCAUUCCAAACUACAGACAAGCUCUACUUUGUCCUGGACUUUAUUAAUGGUGGAGAGUUGUUUUUCCAUCUUCAACGGGAACGUUGCUUCCCAGAAGCCAGAGCCAGGUUUUAUGCUGCGGAAAUAGCCAGUGCACUGGGGUACUUGCAUUCACUCAACAUUGUUUACAGGGAUUUGAAACCAGAAAAUAUUCUUUUAGACUCGCAGGGACACAUAGUUUUAACAGACUUUGGCCUGUGUAAAGAAGGAGUCUCUUGCACUGACACCACAUCAACUUUCUGUGGAACACCUGAGUACCUUGCCCCAGAAGUGCUUCGAAAGCAGCCUUAUGAUAAUACAGUUGACUGGUGGUGUCUUGGAUCUGUUCUGUAUGAAAUGCUGUAUGGGCUGCCUCCCUUCUACAGUCGUGAUACUGCAGAGAUGUACGAACACAUUCUUCACAAGCCUUUGCAGUUGAGGCCUGGGACAAGUAACUCCGCCUGCUCUAUCCUGGAAGGGCUGCUCGAAAAAGACCGGCAGAGAAGGCUAGGAGCAAAAGAAGAUUUUGCUGAAAUCAAAUGCCAUCCCUUUUUUGAUCUUAUCAACUGGGAAGACCUGGAUCAGAAGGAAAUUCCUCCACCCUUUAAUCCCAGUGUGGCGGGACCUGAAGAUCUACAGAAUUUUGACCCAGAGUUCACAGAAGAACAGGUUCCACACUCCAUCUGCCAGUCUCCUGACCGGUCAAUAGUUAACGCCAGUGUUUUAGAAGCUGACGAUGCAUUUAUUGGCUUUUCGUACGCCCCGCCGAUUGAAGAUUCGUUCUUGUAAUGAACACGUUCACGAAACACUGAGUAAUUGCGCUUAUAUAGGAAACAAAGUACUUAACAGCAGGAAAUGAAAACUUGAUCCAGCCUAAAGCCAUCCAGAUGUGGACUUAUGAUUCUGCAACACAACUAUCUGCAUGCCUUAAAUGAAGCUUGUAGCAUUUGGGUCAAAGGAAACAAGUGAGCACACAACCUUUUUUAAAAGAAAAGAAAAACUAUAAGAAAACUCUACAUUCCAUGAGCAGUCUAUUAAUGAUCCAAAUAUUUAAUUGCUUUUACUUUUUCAAGGCACGAGACUCAAAGUGACUCAGCUUUAAGGACAAUCUGCUUGUGAAAUAAGACCUGAUUAUUUUGGGGGGGAUUAUGGGUUUGUUUGUGCAAAUCGUUGAGUUAGUUUCUUGUCAAAAUAAUAUUGUUAUGCUAUGUGCCAUAGAUUUUCUAUAUUGUGGGCACGGGGCGGCCAAUAUUGGAUAAUUAAUGUUGGAGAAAUAUGUGGUUAUACUGUUUCUUUCUCAAGAGUUAAUGUUCUAUUGCGUCCAAACUCAGCACCAUCAUAUCUCGAAAUGUCACACAAAUCACUUUGUCAUACGAGCAAAGGAAAAGGAAUUAUCUUUCCUCAUCCCUUGAUAUGCCAUAAGGUCAAAGUCUACCGGGUUUGGUCACAGCUUUCCCCUGUCCUGACACUAUGAUCCAUUCGGGUUUUCUCUGUGAAUAGACGUGUGUUGAGGAUGUAGAUUACAGUACUUGAAUAAGGGAGGAAGGUUUCACAGCUACUCAGGUUAGAGAUAUGAAGCUGUUUUCAAGUUCUUCAAUGUAUAUUGGUUAAAGAACCUGUUCAGUACAAAUUUGUUGUUGUACCUGUUGUAAAACGUUCAUUUUGUUCUGCAAAAGUUUAUUGGAAAAGUACAGAUCUGCAAUUACUGUUGCUUAAUUGGGUGAAACUGCUACUUUUGUGAUAUUUAACUUAGUGCAGUUUGUUUGAGAUGAAGAUUAUAUAUAUAUAUAUGAAUAUAUUUAUAUACAGAAUAACUGGAUUGCACAUGUUUAAAAUAAUCCAGGUGACAUAUUAUAAUUUUAAAUAUGUAAAAUGUUGGUAGCUUGACUUUGUACUGUGCUGUUUUACAAGUAAAUGAGGAUUCAAGGUUGCUUCAAUGAAGGAGUUAUAAAAACUAGGUAAGGACUUUUUAUCCCAUUUAGUCAGCUGGUUUUGUUAACUGUUUGCUUCCACAAUUCUCUGCAUAGCAAGUUCUUCAUAUUGACCAGAUUAUCCAAGAGACUUUGAAAACAGAAAUAAUGGGAUGUUUUCUUCAGAGGGUUAAUAAAGAAAAUGAUCAGCAAAUCCUCUUUCACUAAUCUCUCAACUACCUCCUCUUUCCCCAACCUAAUGGCUGAUUACAAGGGGCAAUUAUUAGAUGUUUGGGAGUAUAUACCCCCAUCUAUGUCAUCAGUUAUGCAUAGCACUUAUUGGAGCUUAAUAGGGCUCAACAAUUAAUAUUUAUUACAGUCCAAAGUCAUCAUAAUCAUACCUUGUAUGGGGGAGGGAAAGAAUGAGAAAAGGAGAGUGGGAUGAGGGUUGAGAGAUGAAUGCAAGAAAAUUUGCAUCUAAUUUUUGUAACCAUCUCAGGAAACAUUUAUCUCUAUUUCUGUGCUAAAUAUGAAGUAAAACUUUUAUUGGAAGUGCUAAAUGCUGUGUAUGUGCAAAUGACAAUCGUGCGCCACAGUGGUAAUUUGUGAGCUCCUGUAAAUGGGAAUAACCCACCAUAACCUGUCUGAAGAUCACCAAGACAGCGUAGUCUGACUGGCUUUAUUAAACAAGGCAAAUGCAUUUAGUCUGACCAUUAGCAUCCAUUUUAAAAGGGAGAGAGGGAACCAACUUGGAUUCACACUUCAACAUCAAUCUGUAUCUACAUUCACUGCCAGGGAAACGGUAUGAGCUCCACAAGUGAUACAUUAUGGGACCACAUAUUAUUGAUCAGAAUGCUGAUCCUGGGCAGAUUUGUUAUCGUUAAUUACUUGGAGCUGGGAGUUUGAACAUGUUGAUUUGAGGUUGGUGAGAAGGAAGGAGAACUUAACUAUUUUACUAUUAGUAAAACAGAAUUUGCAGAUCAUUUUCUUUAUUAACCGACUGUUCAUUUGACAUUUCCCUGAACCAGUUAUGUAGUUUUAGCUGGUUAGACUCCAUGAGUAGCUCAGUGCGUGCUCUGAAGUCACCAAGGCUCUUGCCAACCUGGCCUUAUAAUCUCUGGAAUUAGGUACAGAGAAUGUGUCCCUCUGGGAAGAUAUCGCACAUUUCAUUCCAAUACAUGGUAAUUUCCAUGAAUAGGUGGGAUACAUGGAAAUCUGUUUGGUUUGGAUACUCUUGAGCAUGGUGAUGGGUUUUCGCGUGUAUUCGACACCCUGGUGACCAAAACAAAAAGCUCUCCUUCAAAUAUCUUGGCGUUGAAAGUUGUAUCUCAGCUGUCAGCAAACACUGUAUAGAGAUAAUAUCUUCUGUGCCUGAUUCUAUAAGUUUAGAAAAAGUGAUUUUUCAGCACAUGGCAGUAAAUUGUUUGUCUCCAAAUCAUCCAAAACAGCAUCUGUUGCUACUCGCGUUAUUGCUUCCAUUUAGGUGAUGUGAAAUAAUAAUGUAAUAGUUCACUGUAAAAUAUGGUGUAGGCAAAUGUCAAAUAAAACAGCAAUGUUUGAAAUUC